CUUUUAAGUUCUAGUAAUAUAUGAGGAAGUGAGAGAGAAACGAUCGGGUUGUUUAGCCUUACUACUUAAAUGAUAUGAUGACGACAAAUAACAUGAAAAUACCGGAUAACAUUGAAAAGAUAAUUGUAGAUACUGGAAAUUUAAUAGCUUGUAAAGAAUUAAGACGAAAGGCUUCUCAGACACCGAGAGAUGAGUUAAUUGAAAGCGUAAGCAACAUUCUUAAGAAACAUAUAGAAGUCUUGUCACCAGAAAUAGUUCAGAAUAAAAGAAUCCUGGAAUGCCCUGAUGAAAGCCAGAUUGUACGUAUUGGUAAAGAAGACAGGUGUACUCUCAAGUUAACUGUGAAAAUUUUUGUGUAUGAGUUUGACCCUGUCCUGAUAAUGGAGGCCCUGAAAAAAGUUAUGAAUAAUCUGGGGGUAACACUAGUGGACUCUUUAAUCCUGGCUUUCCCUACAUUACCUGCACCACAGAAGCUGACACUUCUUCACAUCCAGCCUGUAUGGAAAAUCCUGGAAGACUUGGUGCGAAACGAGAGAGUGGUUACUAUUGGUGUUAGUGACUUGGACUCAGAUCAACUUCGUGAUUUGUAUGAAUGGGCAAAGAUAAAGCCAAGUGUUAACCAGGUAAACCUAGAGUCUUGCUGUGUUAUGCCUCCAGAAAUGACUAGCUUUGCCAGAGAAAAUGACAUUCAACUACUCACUCAUAAUGAUCCUAAAGUUCUUCUUCCUCCUGAGCAUGUCCACCAAGUAAUAGGGCAUGUUGUGGUUGCAGAUGACAGGCAGAAAUGGAAGCCAAGUUGGAUUGUUCGCUACUCAGUGAUGGUGAAAUGUCGAGGAAUUAUUCAGAAUAAAGGAUACAUUUUCUCUGCUCAGAAAGUGCUAUCAAAUAUAGUAGAGAACAAUCAAGGAGACCAUUAAAAAGUCUGUUUCUGUUCAUACACACACACAUAUAUAUAUAUAUAUAUGUAUAGAUAGAUAGAUAGAUAAAAAAUAUUAAUAAUAAAAAUGGUUUAAGCACCUAAACACAGAUUGUUUUCUUCAUAAGUCCUACAGGCUUUAGUGUAAUCCAAUGUACAUAUAUUUAUAUAGAUAGAUGUGUGUGUGUGUGUGUGUAGAUAGGUACAGCUACAUAUAAUACAUAAUAUCAUUAGUCCAUGUAUAUUUACACAUUAUAAAUAAAGUAACUGAAGACCAGAGACAAAUGUAUUAUCAAAGUAACUAUUCAAGUCAGGAAUCUUCAGUUCCACCUGCUGAGGAUGAAAUAUUUCUGCCAUCAAUCUGCAGCAAAAAAUAAAAUAAAACUGUGUUGUUGUUUUUCUUUUUUUUUUGCUGACUUAUUUAUAGGAUACAUUUUUCCAAAGUCAUGUGUUUACACUGUUAUGAUAGUUGACCACACACACACACACUCAGAUAUUAUUAAUUGCUGAAAUAAUGUGAGGAAAUAAAAACUAUUUUAUCAUUCUAGGAUAUAAAAGCUAAAAUUUUGUAGAAUUAUAAGGUUGUUUUAUUCCAUUAUUUCAAUGUUCACAACAAUUCAAUAUGCAAUAUAAGAAUUAAACAGUUAUUAAUGGCUGUCAUUUCAAUUGUGUGUGAAAUGCAAAUUGUGAAACUAAUAUCUUAACAUUAUCAUUGUUCUGAUUUUUUUAUUUUUGCAUACGUAGCCAUCUAGAUGUAAGAUUGAAAAUGAUGUAUAUUGUACAACAAGACAGAAUCUCCAGUACUUGAAAUUCUUUUAGGCAGGAUUAGAGUAAAUUAAUCUACGAGACUUUUUUUUUCCUUUUUACUAGCUAUAUUUUUGUGCACCAGCAAUACUAAGUUUGUGCUCUCGUAUACCCGAUUAGGUUUUAUUACUCAUCAAUAUCUAUACCAGCCUAAUCUCAAAUUGAAAUUCAUUUAGGCAGGAUUAGAGUAAAUUAAUCUAUGAGACCUUGGGCUUAGUUAAAUACAUCAAUCAAAAGGGUUUUACCUACUGAGUCCGAAACUGUAACUAGAUCUCAGAUUGGUCGAGAGAUGACAGAAGUAUGAGCUAAAACUUUGUACUUGAUAAAAAAAACAAAAAAAACUGAGCCAUUCUGUGAGCCAGUAUGGUGCAGCUAAAAAUUAAUCAAUAGUUACAAUUUUUAGAAAAAAUCACUGCUAGGAGGAAAAGUGGGGCAGUUGGAUUUGAUCUGUGUAGGGUGUAGAGAUAAGAAUUUUCCACCAAUUUCCAGAUUUCAAACUUUUUAAUAUCGCACAUGGCUAGUCAUGAGAUUCACAAUAAUCUGGGGAGAAGCUGGAGAAGGGAGGAAUACUUUAUUGCGUAUUUUACCAUUCCAUUAACACACUAAAACUCAAGCUUUUGUAAACAAAUUCCACCAUAUUUAGGUCUCGCACAACAACGUAUGCUCUUUGUUCAGAUAUUUUGUAUAGAAUUACUGCAAUUUUAGACCAUUCAGAAUCUAAUUAACACGUUUUCUUGAGCAUGGAUUUUUUCACAAGAAAUAUUAAUAUAAAAUUUGCAAUUUAAUUUAAAAAUUGCAAAGGUUAUCAAGCAUCAUGAUAAAGUGAGGGCUAGAAAAGUUGAUAGUUUGGUUUAAAAAACUAACUCGCCAAGUAGUAUUAACACGCUGUCUGACUUAAUACUUCCAAAGAAACUCACACUGUGAAAGAAAGCAUAUCUUUUUUUGAAACUUAAUAUUUGUGUAUAUGAUUGCUCCACUCAUCAGCAAUCUAAAUGUUUUCAGGUAAGUAUAUGAAAUUGGGAGAAUUAUGAAUGAUUAAUUAUUUGCAGUAUCAUCAAUUAAAUUAUCGGCAUCUGAAUAAUGCCAGGAAGAGUUUAAUUCUAGUGGUUCAGUACUGUUAAAAUAUUGAAGUCUUACAUCUUAUUCCUUGAUUGUCCUUUAUUCUAAUAUUUGAUCACUUUGUCAAACACUUGUAGGUUACAUUUUCUAAUUGAGUGUUGAAAUAUCCUUGUUUUACACCACCUAACUCGUCCCCUCGGAAGGCACAGCAGAUGCUGUAACAAAACAAACACUACCUAAUUCCAAUAUUUAUAACACUGGUUUGGUUUUCAGGAUAUUUAACUCAACUUUGAAAAAAUUAUGAAAUUGAAAUACAAAUACCUUAUGAUUUUCCAAUAACAUAGAAGUAGAAUUUUACAUAUCUAGUAAUUUUUUCUUUUUGAAAAUCCAGGGGGUCAGAUGACCCCCCCUUGCCCCUUUCUGUGUGUGCCCAUGUAUAUGUAUGUAAACACAAGUUUUAUAUCUAAAGUGUAUUCUUGUUAGAACUAAAAUGUACUAUAUUGUAGUUUCUAUUGUAUUAUGAACUUCAUUUUCAACUAUAUAAACACUGAUGUGGUACUUUAUUUUUGGACCUGAACAGUAGCUUUGCAACAUUUUAAUAGUGCAAAAAAUUUAAAGAUUAUUGUGUUAUGAAUAAAAAAGUGGUCCAAGUAUUAGUCACCACUAAUAGAAACUAAAGAAAUUGUCUGAUCUUAUCAACACAACUUACUGGUUUUGUAAUUGGGGUUGUAUUCUAUUUAUCAGUUGCUGAUUGUUGUUUGGUGAGCAACAUUGAAGGAACUGAUACCAGGCAAGCCUUUUAAAUUUUAGAAUGAAAUUUUAGUUACUUGUGAUGUAACUUUCAAUGGACUGUAUCAGUUAAUUCUUAACACGAAGUAUAGAGAUUUUUGUCACAUUGUUAUUUCAAAAUAAUUCAAAUCAAACUGUGUUAUAUAUAUGACAUUCCUUUUUUUCUUCUAUUUUCUAAGGGUUGAAAGAAUAUAAAUUGUGCACCAUAGUCCACGAAUUGUAGGAACUUCAGUUCUUUUAAUUAUUUGAAGAUUAAUUUUAUGUAACACAGUAAUGUAUUUUGCUUAAUGAAAUGAUGUUUUUUGUAAAUUGAGUACAAUGAUACAAAAAAAAAGUUUAUUAGCCACAAGGUACAUUAAUAGAAAACUAUUCCUGCAAUAAAUCUCAAGAAGCUUGUUAUUUUUGAAAUUAAAAUGGAUUUAUCUUGUCAGAAGCAAGGAAUUUUUCAUAUAGAAAAAAUAAAACUUGUAUUUUUGUGUUACCUAGAGGCACUAAUGUCCAUUCUGAUAACCUAAACUAGUUGGUUUGUGAUGCACAAUUGCACACUCACAUCAUCACAACCUCAACUGAUUAUUGAUGUGUAGUGGCAACAAUAUUAUUACUGAUAACAGGUUGAUGUGAAUUCAAAAACUGUCACAUACCUUAGACUCAUCAGUUGAGACAUACAAUUUCAGUACAGUUAAUUGCAUUGUUGUAUUAUUCCCAUGCAUAAUGUAAUUUACUGGGAUGACAUGGAUGUUUUCAAUUGUAGUAAAAAUGAAUGAUAAAAAUUUCCUUUUCCAGUUAGUGUAUGUUGUUAAUGACAGUUCAUUAACAAACCUAGAACAAAGUACACAGUUCAACCCAGUUAUACAAGUGAAGGGGCAGUUGGGUCUUUUAGACACUAUCAACUUGAACUGUUCUCUCUUGAUGUUUUAAAGCAUGCAAAAUCAACAGAAAAAUAUUAGCAUUAGAAAAACAAAAGUAUGUUUGUGAUAAGUGGGGUUAUUGGCUACAUUUAUUUGUUAGUCAUGUUUAAAAACAGAGCACUGAACUUACAACAUGCAGAUAAUUCAUGCUACAUUUAAAUAAACACACACACGUGUAUAUAUAUAUAUAUAUAUUUUACAAGUGAUAUUCAUCUUCUUGCAUAUAAGGUUUUCUAUUAAGAAGUAGCAUAUAUUACUAAAAGUUAAGUCAGAACUACAGUGAAACCUCUUACAGUUAUUUUACUAGAAUACAGUACAAGAAGUCUAGCACUUCUGUAUACAUUUAUCAUUGCUCCAUAUGACAUUAAACUUACCAUUGAACAAGUGUAUUUUACAGAAAGUAUUACGCCCGCACUGGAAAAAUGUAUGUCUCUGCUCUAGAGGACAUUAAGCUCCUCAUGAAGCAAGUGUAUUUUAAAGAAAGUAUUAAGCCAGUACUGGCAAGUGUAUUUCACUGCUAUGGAUGACAUUAAGUGUGGCAUUAUACAAGUGUCUUUUUCUGAAAGUAUUAAGUCAACACUUGACAAGUAUAUUUCACUGCUCUAGGUGUCAUUAACCUCACCAUUAAACAAGUGAAUUUCACUGCUGUAGGAAACAUUAACUUUCAAAUUACCAAUCUGUUUUUAUUUUGUUCAUAACCUUUGGGGAACAACUUAUGUUAUAGUGAAUGAUUUUAAGUUAUUGCUUACUACAGCACUCAGUGUAAAGAAUUGGACAAAGUUAAUUAUUUUCUAUGUGAAAUACACAUAGGAUUAAUUGAAAUAUCCAUGAUAUUAUAAUUCAUUUUUACGUGACUUAUUAGAGACCAUGUAAUAUGUUUAAAAAGCCAAUUGGUCCAUAAUGGAUCCACUCGGUACUUCUAGUGUUCAGUUAAUCAACUACUAUAUUACUAGUAAUUAGUAUUAUUUACUUUCCUUUACCCAAAAUAACUUUACAAAUCACAUUAAACAGGAAAUACUGUUUGAAAUAGGUAAACCAGUUUAAAAAACAAAUUAUUCUGUAUUUUCUUUUACUUAAAUGAGGUUAGAAACUGUAAAAGGGUAAAAUUGCAAGUGUAAUUACAGUAGUUUCAUUAACUUACUGAUUAAUCUAAGUGAUGAAUCUUGUAUGACAUACAGUUAACGUUGUUAAAUACAUAGUUUUUAAUUUACUUGUUUCUUUUUUUUUUGCAAGUUUGUAAUCAGUUAAACAAAUUAUUUGGAAUUUUAAAAAUAAACUGAGUAUGUAUAUAAUUCUAGUGUAAACUCCCAGUACACGACUGAUCCAAACACGAGAGUUUUCCAGUUGUUAUUGGCAGAUUUCAGUUUCUUUCUUUUUUAAGCUCAGGGUGUAAUUUUUACUAUUAAUUAAACAAAUUAGUUACUGAUUAUUACCUAUUGUUAUUUACCUUUUAAGAAAAAUGUUCCAUGUUUGUAAUUUAAUAAAUCAUAACCUUGUUUUUCUGCUCCUGUUGCAACU